UAUUAAUGUUUAAACCAUUUGCAUUUUCAAGUGUUAAGGGCAGUGUGUUAAAACUGAGAAUUUUCUUUGUCUAAAAGUUCAUGAACUCUUAACCAAUUUGCACAAUGGCGGCGGCGUACGGAAUACAUUUGGGCAACAGUUCAGCAUGUUUAGCAUCCUACACAAAUGGUGCGCCUUCAGUAAUAGCCAACGACGCCGGUGAUCGUGUGACGCCUGCGAUAAUUGCUCUCAAUGGUUCAGAAUGGGAGAUCGGCCUGCCUGCAAAGUCUGGACAGGCGGCUACCAAGGCUAUCAUAAAACACAAUAAAAGAUUAAUGAACUGUGAGUUCAAUGAAGAUGAUUUGGCCUACGUUGAGUCUUCCUCAUCAUGCCGUAUUCAAAACGACGAAAAGCUAGUGUACGAGUUCGAAACAAGUGAGACAAAACUGUAUUCAAAUCCUGACAACAUUGCUACUAAGAUUUAUGACAAACUGUUCACUAUUGCUAGCCAUUCCAUGCGAGAUGACGGUGACCUGAAGUUGGUAUUAGCUGCACCAUUGCAUUGGUCUGAUGAAAGCAGGCAGCGCAUUGUAAAAUGUGCAGAAUUGGCUGGAUUUGAUGUACUUCAAGUAAUCUGCGAACCAGCAGCUGCAAUCAUGGCUUACAACUUAGAAGAUACCAUUGAAGACACCAAUGUGCUUGUCUAUAGGCUAGGUGGGUCAUCUUGUGAUGCUUCAAUUGUCAAAAUCAGCGGAGGAUUCAUCAGUGUUGAGAAAAAUAUUUUCCGAUCCGAUUUAGGUGGCCAAUGCUUAACCAAAGAUUUGGCUAACUAUAUUGCACAGGAAUUUAAACAGAAGUGGAAGCUAGAUCCUCAAGAGAGCAGGAGAGCAAUGGCCAAAUUACUUAACCAUGCCGACAACUGUAAGAACAUUUUGUCAACUCUCAACUCUGCUCAUGUUCACAUUGAGUCUUUAUUAGACGGUGUGGACUGGAACCAGAAUGUGUCUAGAGCUAGAUUUGAGAAUGCCAUUUCAUCUAAAAUCCCUUCAUACAUGGAACCGGCAAAGAAAGUGAUUGAAGAGUUCAAUGGAAAAAUUAGCAAAAUUGUUCUUUGUGGUGGAAGCAUGAAGAUACCAAAAUUGCAGUCUGCAAUUGCUAACUUGUUACCAGAAGCUGAGCUACUGUCUGGUAUCAACCCUGAUGAGGUGAUCGCCAUUGGCUGUGCCCGUCAAGCGGGGCUUUUACUGGAUCUACCGGAGAUUACACUGAAUGAACCUAACACUGAAGUGGAGUUCUUAGGCAAGGAUGUCUAUUUAAAAUACCUGGACCAAACUGUAAAGAUUUUCAAAGAAGGUUCACCACCCUUUGCUCAAAAUGUUUGCAAUGUUGAUGUGGACAAAGAUGUGAAGACAAUUGAUUUUACUCUGCAUGAAAACCCUGAUGAAGAACAAUUUGCCACAGAAACCUUUGAUAUUGAGAAGCUAUGUAAACCGUUUACCUUGAAAGCAACUUUGCAACACUCCAAAAUUGUUUUACAAGUUGAAUGAGUUGAGGUUUUAAUAAUUAUUGUAAACAUUGCUUAAAAUAAACAUCUAUUUAA